AUGACCCCGAACCCCAUUCGUCUUGCGGGAAGCUCGCAAUUUCCUCAGGGCGAGCUGGCUCGCGCGGUCACCAACCAGUCAGCCAUGGAGAUACCCAAGAGCUUAUUGCAAGAGUCUAUCUUCAUUGGCGUGGUUUGUGCCGCUCAGUUCAUGACUCAAGUGGGUCUUGCUCUUGCUAUUGUUCCUCUACACAUCAUCGGCGAUAGCUUCAACGUCACCAAUUCCGGGAAGUUAAGUUGGUACGCAGCCGCGUAUAGUCUUACAGUCGGCACAUUUAUCCUCAUUGCAGGAAGACUCGGGGACCUCUAUGGACAUAGACUCAUGUUCAUUGGUGGCUUCCCCUGGUUUGGUUUAUGGUCCCUUCUGGGAGGGUUUUCUGUUUGGUCAAACCAAGUAUUCUUUGAUAUUUGCCGCGCAUUUCAAGGAAUCGGUCCGGCUUUCUUGCUGCCAAAUGCCAUGGCUAUUUUGGGACGUACGUACCCUCCCGGCCCUCGCAAGGAUAUGGUUUUUAGCAUCUUCGGUGCUACCGCACCAGGAGGAUUUGCCAUUGGGGGUGGGUUCUCGGCUCUCAUAUCACAGCGUGUCUGGUGGCCAUGGGCAUACUGGAUCAUGGGGAUUGUUUGUAUUGCCUUUGCGAUCUUUGGAAUCUUCGCUAUACCAAAUUCCCCCUCUCCAAAGCUAUCAAAGGACACGCCGUGGUGGGUCAAAUGCGAUCUGGCAGGAGGCAUGCUUGGUAUUACUGCUCUGAUUUUGAUCAAUUUCGCCUGGAAUCAAGGGCCAAGCGUCGGUUGGUCUAGGGUCUAUGUAUAUAUUCUGCUGAUCCUCAGCUUCCUGUGCCUAGCCCUGUUUCUUUGGAUCGAGCAGCAUGUGGCAUGUCCCUUACUUCCUCGAGGGAUUUUCUCCGAGGAGGUCGCAUGGGUACUAGCGUGCAUGGCUGCGGGUUGGUCCAGCUUUGGGAUUGUGGUGUUCUACUUCUUCCAGUUCAUGGAAGUGAUCAAAGGAGACACUCCCCUAUUAGUGCUUGCGAAGUGGACACCGUCGGCCAUCUCCGGUGCAGUUGCGGCUGUUACAACCGGCUUUAUUCUGGCUCGGUUGCGCCCCAGUCUGAUCAUGCUUAUUGCAAUGCUUGCAUUCACUGGUGGCCAAAUUCUCCUGGCCACACUGCCUGUUCACCAAACAUACUGGGCACAAGCCUUUGUCAUUUGUACCUUAACCCCAUGGGAAUGUAAGGAUACUACACAUACUGCCUCGGACAUGUCGUUUCCAUCAGGAACAAUUAUACUCAGCAACAGUAUGCCUCGGGAGCACCAAGGACUUGCUGCCUCAUUGAUCAACACCAUUGUAAAUUAUUCAAUCUCCAUUGGGCUAGGGCUUGCGGGAACCGUCGAAAGUCGAGUCAAUCGCGACGGCACAGACAUACUGAGAGGUUAUCGUGGUGCAGCUUACAUGGGUGUCGGCCUCGCUGGUCUGGGAGUUGGAAUAGCGACCGUAUCAGUCAUUCGAAGCGUGACUAAACGUCCCAAAGCCGACUCCGCGUCUGAAGCCUGA